AUGUCGUCGACGCUGCUACCGUUUCUGUAUCAGACGCGGACUCUGCGUCGCGCGAUUGUUGCACAGCCAUUGCUCGGCGCCAUCCGACAUGCGCACUCGGUGAGACGCGGGCGGAUACCAAAGAAUGACAAUUCGAUCCCGUUCGAAUGGGACAACGAACUCCAGGAAGAGCUGGGAGAUGUCCCGGGACAAUCAUCGACAAUAACACCAUCCGAAGCCGAGGUUUUCAAGGGCAUCUUUGACGAGAUCGCACAGGGCCGCAUGCCCGCCUCGAAGAAACGGCCGUCCCCCGGAGCCUCGCCAGGGCAAACAUGGCCAACGCAUGGUCCCGGUGCCGAUUACUCGAACGGCAUGGCGAGGUCCAUUGUCGAACAGGCACGCGUCACCGAGUUUCGCGACAAGUUUCUGCGCCGCUACCCACAAUCCUUGCGCAACGCCGCCCAGGUCGCACUCGGCCUCUACGAGCUAGAACCCGGCGGCGCCUCUGAAUCAAGUCGCAUGCUGGAGUUGGACGAGGCCGACGAGGCCAAGUGGGAAGAGCGCGCGCGCUACGAUCGAAUCCGAGUCGAGGAGCGAGAGCGGGUAGACGCCUUGAUGCGCGACUGCGAGACCGACGCCGAGCUCUGGCACGUCAUGGAGCGCGAGGUCUUUUCGCUGCCCGAGAAGCUGGGCAUCGUUCAGGGCGCCUCCGUCAAGGGCAAGAACAAGAGAAGCAGCGCCGGCACAUCAAGGCGGAAAACGCCCAAGGGCACUCAGCUCGACGAUGCGUCCACCCUCACAGCGCAGCAGCAAGACGCUCAGAAGCGCAUCAUGGACGUCCACGGGCCGCUGUACCCGCACUUCCUCAGCCGGGGCCUCGCCCUUCUCGACACGGCCUUUGCGCGCCCCUCGCCGCGCGCCUUUGAGAUCCUGCCCCGCGUCAAGGCGCUGGGCCUGCCUUCAUACGUGCUCGGCGUGUCGGCGCCCUUCUACGCGCGCCUCGCCCGCGUGCACUGGGACCGCUUUGGCGACGCGACCGCCGCGCUGGACGUGCUACACGAGAUGGCUGCCGCUGGACUGUACGCGGACGAGGCGGUCGCUGAGCUGCUCGCUCGGAUUCGCAACCACCUCCACGGCUGCACGUGGGGAGCGCAGGGCCCCUUCGUCAUGGCCGUCAUGGAGGCGCCGCCGUAUGACGGCGCGCUGACCCAGCGGCUCGAGGAGAUGGAACGCUAUGCGCGGGAGUCGAUGAGCGAGCGCGAUGUCGCGUAG